AUGGCCGUCUCUCGCUCUCUACUUUCGGGGGUCCACACAACGGCGACAACAGCGGCGAGCGCCUCCUUGUCUUCCACAACCGACACCACCGCGGCCUACUGCUCCACCGCGCAGUCCUCCUCACUCGCUGACGCCGGUCACGGAACUCCAGGCAGUGUACUCGGCGGGGUUCAUGACAUCAGCGCCAGUCGGUCCCACUCUUCGAUGGCGACUGCCGAGGAUGCCGGCGCCACCUCUCUGGUCUCACGCCAGCGUGCAGAGGCUGCGUGUCGAAAGAGGCCACGGCUACUGCGGUGCCACGCGAUGACACCGACGCUUCUCUCCUCCGGCGAGCUGAUGGCGUGGGAGCAGCCCGUACUGUCGGCGGCGGCGUCCCUGCCCACUGCGACGCCAACAUCGGUCGCCAGCCACCCCACACCCAACACUGUGCCUCCUGCAAGUUUCUUCCACACUCCACCUCCUCCUACGCCACUAUCACCACCUGUGUCACAGCAGCAGACACAGCAGCGUGAGCUGAGGCAGCCACGAUGUGUCCGGCGCAGCGGUGUGCCGUUCAUUGAGCAGGUGCAGCAGCGGUGCCGCACCGCUAUGGGACUCACGCAGCACCUCGUGGCGCCGCAACGCUUACCGCGUGCCUCAGGCGCCUCUGCCGAGUCGCCAUUACACACCGCGGCGGUUGUGAUGCGGCAGCCGUGCGGCUCACUCUCGGCGCCUCUGUCGCCUAUUUCCUUUCCAUGUGGAAGUCAUUCAGGUUCGGCGUCGGUGCUGAGGGCGCACUCCUCUGCCGAGUUUCUGUCCCCAGGGACACGUCAGUUGCACUGGUCCAAGCGUGGGAGGGUGCCUGCGGCUCCCGGUGUCAUCAGCGAUGCGAAUAACCGACGGAGCACCAGUGCUCGCGAAAGUGGACUGCUCGACAGCGUCCGUGACGGACAGCAAGAUGAGAGCUGCAGGAGCGCCCCUGGAGCCCGCGUGGGUCUCGGAGAACCGAGCGAGCUUAGCAGAGAUGGCCACGACAGAGGCAUGGGCACUGGCGAUGGUGCGCUGCAUCGCGUAAGUCUGUCAACCCCGCUUCUCUUCGUGGUUCCGUCUUCUCCCUCGGCGGAUGCCGACGCCGCCGCGUCGUCAGUUGCGAGCACAGCCGGAACAGCAUUGGCUCAUUCAACUACCGAGCCGGCGCACGACACGUGCAACUUGCCCUGCUCUUACUCACGACCCUCCGGCACUCGUUACCACCCCCAAACGCCUCGUAAGGCGCACUCUGGCAUUGACCCAUGUCACUUGGCGGGGCACCCCUUGGUGAGCCGCCCGCCGCCCUUAUUCUCGGCUGCGGCCGCACAGGGCGUACUCUGCCCGCCCGGCAACGGAUGCGCUUCUGCCGCCGCUACUGCGUCACGCGCUCGAGACAGCCGCCCUCUCACCUUCCACAGCCACGAGGGCGGCGUGCCGAGCCCGUCGCCGUCACGCUGGCCUUCCACGUUGCAAGCGCACGCAUCUCUUUCUUUGUCUUCCUCGGCAGCAGGAGCAGCGGCAGCGCCGUUGAUGAGCAGUGCACAGCCAGGCCCCUCUCCGACCAUGUCACAGCGGCAGCAACAGCGACACUCGCCUCUGUUCGCCGUUCUCCCUACCGCGUCGGUGAUUCCUUCAUCGCAGAGCAUGGCAGGGGCGACUCCUGCGAUGUCCGCAGCUGGCAGAGGUGACUCUUCUACGCCACCGCUGGUGUUCACCGCGAUGGAGCCCGCCGCCGCGGACAUACGUUCCACUAGCGGCAGCCAGUACCUCUCCCAAGAGAUGCAGCCGGCCUCCAGGUCUUCCUCUGCAGUCAGCAUGUCCCCAUAUCUGGCGCACAGCGACGAUCGCGGCGGAAGCCCAGUGCGUGCGUUCAUGCUUCAGCAGCACCCUUUCUCCGAGCCUAUGGUAGCCACAUCCGCGCUUGCCGCGUCGCUGCCGUCAUCUCGCACCGUCACACCGCCAGGCAUCGCAGGCAACUCGCACGACCGCAUCGCGCAUGUUGACUCUUCUGCCACGACACCUCGAGCCACUUCGGACACCGCUGUGGUGGGCAGUGAUAGGCCCCACUGCGCUCAUCAUCCUCACAGUCAUCCACCGGAGGGGGCGGUGGUGGCAGCGGCGACCGUAGCCUCUGCCGCGGCAUCGCCGUCUCGCUCCUCCGUUUUGCAGCCUCAGCAACCGCCUCCGCUGCUCCCGAGGCCGGCAGGGGUGCACCAUCGACCAGGGAUGCCACCACCGCUGCCCUCCCUCCCAGCUAUGUUGCAUGCCUGUGAGACACCGUCACGCCGCCAGCAGCGACCACCGGCAGAGCGGCACUGUGCCACGGCAGGUGCGCACGCCAGACAGCCAGUGACCGCGGUGGAGAGAACGGUGAAGGCGGCCUCAGAGAUGGUGGUGCCGUCCGCGGACCCGGCGAUGCUGCUCGUGGUGCCUGGAGGUGUUUCCUCGGUGCCGGCCGCCUCCAUUGCUGCCAUGAUCGGCUUCUCUGGCGACGCGCCAAGCUGGGGCAGUGAUACCCAUGCCGAUGCUGCCUUAGCCCUCAUCGAGGACGCCGUGGAGGGGGGUUCCAGCGCGGAGGGGCGGCUCGUAGCACCUGGUCGGCGGGUGGGCGGCGGGGAGGGCGGCGCAGGAUCGGCCGAGACCGCCGUCGAGAAGGUGAUUACCUACUUCCCAAUUCGAAAGUCCGUGCUGGCACAGCGCAGCGCCUACUUUGCUGCUCUUCUCGACGAAGGCAGCGGCUGCAGCCCUUAUGUGCGCAGCACCCCGGACGAGUACGUGGAUCUCACCGACUUGUUGCCACUUCCGACAACAGCGGAGCCAGCAGAGGCGCGGGAUGCCCAUCGGUGCAGGGCUGGCGGCGCGGGCGUGUCAUGUCCCAUGACGGCGAAGGUGCUGCACAUGUCUCGCCGCCCAGAUCACCUCCGCAGAGGCUCUGCGGCUGUCAAAGCUUCUGACGAUGCCGAGCCUGCCCGUUCCGUGGCGACGGCCCACCGCCAGCGCGUUCCCGUGUACUACCUCCCAACCCCGGAGACGGUGGCGUGCUUCACGGACGAUAGUAAAGGUGCCCGCCUCGGCCGCAAUGGCGCGCACUCUCGCAUCAGCGCUGGCGACCCUGCGGCGGUCUCCACUCCGCCGACCCUCUCGCACGCUUGUGUGUGUCAGCUGCUCCACUACUUGUACACUGGCGUGCUCCCCAUCUUCCAUCAGUUGCCAGGGAGGACAGGGGUGAGUGAGUGGGAGUCGACUGCUGCCGCCGGGAUCGCCAGCCUGCAGUCGGACGCCCUUCGCAAUAGCUUCGCCAACGACUACGCGGCAGUGCUGUGGAUGGGGCUCUAUACCGGCCUCUCCUCCCUCACCUCGUCGAUGCUCAAGCUACUCUGGCGUUUUUUGGCGCUGUCGCGCGACAUGUGGCCGUACUGGCUCGCUGCGGCACAUUGGCAGGUGCCGGAGAUGCAGCUCAUCUGCGAGGCGUGGAUAGAGCAUCAUCUCUGCGCGAUGCUGCGAGCAUCAACGGUGCAGGGGCUGUGGCGUGGACUGCGUCUCGAUCAGGUGCAGAUACUAGUGAGUCUGCGCAGGAAAGCACUUGAGGCGGAGGCGCGGGCCGCGCAGACGAGCCCGAUGGCAAGUGACGCAUACCCUCGCUAUUUUCCCGGCCACACCACCGCCGGCGGUGACGCUGCUGCGGAAGCGUCGAUGAGGAGCACCACCACCGCCGCCACGAUGCCGUCGUUUCUUCGGGAGCAGAUGAACGGCAGCGACGCCGCAAGCAGCGUUGACGGUAGCGGGUCGGUUGGCGAGGAGGCGGCAGAGCAGCGCCGUGUGCAGUUGUCCCUGAGCCCUCCAGCACCUCCCGUUUCUACCAUCGAGUGGCCAGCUGAGGUGCUGAGGUACCAACAGCCGCACCCUCUGCGCCUCCGCGGCGGCAGCGGCAGUGGCAGCGGCAGUGGCGUUGGUUCACCGAGUCUCUCGUCCUCUCAACCAGGCGCUGGUUGGGCUUCUUCUCUUGACAAUCCCCGAGUAUCACCGGCUACCGAGGGUGUUCCGGUCCUGAGCCGAGAUGCGGCGGCAUCUCCCUCUCACCCUCCUCUGGAUUCACUGUCCCAGUUCGCCUUGCCAACGCCGCCGUCCGCGCUCGCUACCCCGCCUGCACUCGCUACGCCGCUGGCUUUCGACGGUGCCCCAUCCCCAGGUGGGAUGGCUGGAGUUGCCAGCACCCCUCUCAGCCGCCAAAGCAGUCGCGCCAGCACGCCCUUCUUUGCCUCCAGCGCCGCUGCGGCCGCGCGGCCCUUUCGGAGCUUCAGUGGUCGCUCCGCCGCUCUCGGGGUGGCGACAACAAUGGGUACGCCUGGCAUCCCGUCUUCCGCGGCACUCACGUUCGCCGACUUGAGCGGCGUGGACGGCGCACACGCGCACGAGAGCGCUGGCAGCACGGCGGCAAUCGCCGCGGGUGCUCGAGGACACCGAACGGACCUAGGAGGCGGAGGAGAGAGCGGUGCAAUGAUGAGCGGCGCUGGACUGACUCGUCGCACGGAGGCUCCUUCUGCAGCCAACACAGCCUUCGCUUUUCGAAGGCUGGUCACCGCCGGAGACGGUGCCGUUCUCCGGUCGGAAGUAGCGGAUUGGCCCACGCUUGCUCAGACCAACAUCCCUGCCCGCGCCAACGCUGAGGUGUUGCGCACCACGCCGCGCCGCUCUCCGCUAACCACACGCGGCUUCCAUGAUCUUUUCGACGACUCUCGCACCGAGCCGCGCAGUCCGUCGCGGCUGCACGUUGCGUACCCGCCGAUUACCUCAGCCAGCGCCUACUACACUCCAUCCAAUGGGAUGGUGACACAGCCCACGCUGCAGGUACUCGCAGACGGAGCCUGGACCAUCGGGGGCUGCGGCCGGCUUUACACAGCUGAGACGCGCGAGGAGCUGGAGAAGCGGCAGGCCUACUGGUACCGCGCUGAAUGGGAGCAGCAACAGCAGCUUCCGUCGGCGGUACUCUUGACAGAGACUGAAGUGCUGGAGCGUCUCUGGACGUGGUGGCGGGCUCGCACUGAGGACUCAUCCAAUUGGCCGACAGAGACGGAGGUGCGCGCUGUGGUUGAGAUGCUGCAGAAGGUUCGCCUCAGUGACGCGCGAGAGGCGCUGCCGUGCACGUCCCCGCGCGAUGACGCGGCCUACGACGGCUUCAGGGCCCUCUUGGACGAAGAGCAACGUUUCCUGGUCGCAAGUAAAGCGGGUCUGCCCAACGCUACUGCUGCUGCUGUUGCUGCGGUGCUGUCGCCGCUCUAG